AUGGCUCUCUCUCCAGGAACCCCUGGCAAGCCUCCCAAUGAGCUGCGGGCCGGAUCGUGCAGUGGUGACUCGCUUGACGAGUUUCAAUCGUCUUUCAGAGCUGAGUUCGACGAAUUGUUUGCUGCGAACGCCCAACGAGCCGCGGAGUAUAAGCAGAAGCGUAAGGAAGCAAAGAUGGCGAUCAUUGCGGAGAUAGAGGCGAUGAAGGCGGCCAUAACAGACUCCUACUCCUACCCUCCACCCAACAGCAAGGCAAGGAGCGCGAACACGGAGGGGCACAAGUCUCGCGGGCCUGCUCUGGUCACCUUGCGGACCGGGGCUGGAAAGGGCAGGGCGGUCCGAGUCACGAUACAAGGCCAAGUUGCCGAGAUGCUCCGUUCGGCUGGCUACAGAGAAGAGCCCAAGGGUUCGGGAACUUUCUUUAUUGAUGCAGAUUAUCCAAUCAAGUCAGGGGAUAGAGACGCACCCCUUAAGCGCAUUGAGGAUGGAAAGAUCACUAGCAGUCCUAAGCUAAGCCAAAGGAAGCAAUAG